AUGGAAGCCGAGAGCAUGUGCAAGCUUUACUUGGAACCUGUUUUACUAAAGCAAACCAGCAAAACAUACAAAAACGUGUUCUGCGCACUUUGCGAUGAAGUGAACAUAACGUCCCUUCGCAUUCAAACACAUCAGCGUCAAGAAACUUACAGUCAAUGCCACGUCUUGCGCUGCCUGGUUCGACGGCAAGUGUUACAUCAACGACACAAGCUACAAAUACAAGGAAGUGCGAAUAACACCACAGGCGACGAGUCUUACACCUACACCUACCAACACUACCUCAUCAUGAUCUGCAUCGGACUGUCGCUAUUCUUCCUCAUCAUGAAGGGCAUCACGUACGCAAUCUUCAGAGCGUCCCGGAACUUCGCGUCGCGUUGCAACCUGUGCUUGUCCGCUACGCUCUUUUUCACUCAACUCGUCUACAUCCUGGCCGGUUAUCUCGACGUUUCCCCCGACGUCUGUGUGGCGUCCUCCGUUAUCCAGCACUUCGGGUUCGUUGCAACUUUCGCCUGGACCACGGUACUAUCGUUCGACAUGUGGAGGAACAUUUCGUCCAUGCGCGUAGCAAGAAGUGACAAGACAUUGAUUUUUUAUGGAACUGUAGCGUGGGGCAUCCCGUUUCUAUUCGUGACCACGUGCUGUGCACUGAACUGGGGUGUCCCAUUCCCGUACUCACCCGCUUAUGGCCAGUACUACUGCUUCUUCGGCAAGUAUCGUCCUUACGUCGCCUUCUUCUUAGUUCCCAUGGGCGCGCUGCUGGCAGUAGACAUGGGACUGUACGCGCACAUCGUCAUAUACGUGAGACAAACCAAGGACUCCCGGAAAGGCAAGGUCUCCAACCACGACCAGCCUUCUGACGUGGCGUUGUUCUUCAAGCUCGCCCUCAUUAUGGGCGCACCCUGGUUUCUAGGACUGCUGAACUUCAUCAACUCCUCUGUAAUCCAAGUCCUUACGAGCAUUCUGAACGGUCUGCAGGGUGUUUAUCUAUUCUUUGGCUUCCAGGACCACAAGUACUACGUAGACGCUUUGAAGUCCAGCUACAAUAAAGAUAAUCGGACGUUGUCGUCGACUGCCUCCAACUGUUCCAAUACCACGGAUGUGCAUAAUGUGAGUGACCUGCCCGCGGCCAGUGACGACGCUAAGAGGCAGAGCGGCGUAAAACUUCGCAAUGGAAAAUAUGUCACGGACACAAUAAUUACAAAGAAAGAACUUGUGCCAUAUUUUUAUGAUACAAAACAGUGUAUUCUUCCCUCAUCCCUCACUUGCUUACAAACAUUGAUUCUAACGUUUUGGUUGUGUGUUAUGCACUACACUUGUGCGUGUUACAUCGGAGAUCUUGGCCAGGACAGAAGUUUCUCCAUCUUGCUGGCUUACAAACACCCGUGAACCAAACCAGCUUUAUGUCACCCCAUCUUUAUCAGUUCCUUCGUGUGCAGGUAAGAGUAAGGGUCACGCGAACUCUUCGACCGUUGUUCGAAAUCAAAACGUUUACUAGAAUGUCGAAAAAUUCCAGAGAAUAGCCAAGCUUGAACAAGAUAAUCCUUUUCACGCACGAGAUUUGAAGCUGCCGUCCGGGUCUAUAAAAUUCCUGCUGCUCUAUUAUUCGCUCAAAAUAUCUACAAAGACCAUAUGAAUGACAAAGGAAGAGCAUAUUGGAAUACAACUAUAGCUCAAGUCUAAAUCAACAACUCGGAGUAAUUGUAUUUCCCUCAAUAGAAAUCAAACCGGUGCUUGGUAACAAGCCAAGCCUGGGCGCACAAGAUUAAAACACGAAAGCAAGCUCCAAUUCCCCAUUCUUGGUCAAUAAAUAUACGCUAAGAAAAG